AUGUACAGCCACACCCACAGACAGUACAGCCACACCCACAGAUGUACAGCCACACCCACAGACAGUACAGCCACACCCACAGAUGUACAGCCACACCCACAGACAGUACAGCCACACCCACAGAUGUACAGCCACACCCACAGACAGUACAGCCACACCCACAGAUGUACAGCCACACCCACAGACAGUACAGCCACACCCACAGACAGUACAGCCACACCCACAGAUGAAAACCACACAUUAAACCCAAAUGCCGUGGCUCUUCCCCUGCAGCGUCUAAAGGCUGAACCUGUUAUGAACAUGGCCGGUUUCAGGUGUCCUUUUUCUAGACAGUCAGGUAAAGCUGGUUCUGCUGGAACACAGUCAGCCUUGCGCUCCUUUGUGCUGAUCCAGUCAUCACUGGUCACAGAUCCACAGAGUCCUUUCACCGCUGAGCUGCAUCUGGAGAACAACACUGAGCUGUCUGUCUGUGUGGACUCUUCUUCACUCCACACUCUACAGUCAGUCCUCUGCACAGGCGUCAUGCAGGGUGUGUCCACUCUUCUGCUCGUGGCUGUUUUCCAGAUGGGCUCAUGUUCAGGGGCAGAGUCGCCUUCUUCAUGCCCACCACAGUGGACUGAGUUCAGGCACAGAUGCUUUGGCUUCUACCCUGUGUGGAGCACCUGGAGCAGCGCCAAGUCUUUGUGUUCACAGACUGGAGGUGAUCUGGUUUCUCUUCACACUCCUGAUGACAGGAGGUUCAUCAGUCAGCUGGUCGGCGUGGACGCUGUGGUCUGGUUGGGUGGAUACUGGACACCACAGAAGGACUCUUGGUUUUGGACUGAUGGUUCCUCCUUCCGUGGUGACGUCUGGACCGACAGGCCGACAGGAAAGAGCACAGAGAACACAGCCUGUGUGGAAAUGACAACAAAAAGUGGAGAAGUCAACAGCGCCCCCUGUGGAGAACUGAGAUUCUACAUCUGCUCCAGCAAAGCUAAAUCAAACGUCAUGUCAGCUACGACGUCAAAUGGAUCAAACCUGGUCCCUGGGUUCAGUCUGUUUGACGUCAUGUUGGACCAGAGCAGUUCGGUGCUGGAGGACAUCCUCCACUGGUCGUCCUUCCUGUCUCAGGUGCGCUCUGGUCGUCUGUCGGAGCGCUGCCUCACCUCCUUCAUCCAACAGGAGGCGCUCUACCUGCACAGAGUCAGCAGCACACUGGAGGUGCUGAUUGGUAACAUUCAUGAAGAGGACCAGGACAUCAGAUCACUGCUGGUGGACGUACAACAGCAGUACAGAACCCAGUACAGAACCCAGUACAGUACCCAGUACAGUACCCAGUACAGUACCCAGGUGCUCCCCUCUGCUCCUCCCUCUCGGUGGCUCCUCCUCUCUCUCCUCUCCUUCCACUCAGUGGUUUUGGACUCACCCCUCUACCUCCUCACUGCUCUGUCAGCUCGAGCCGCUCUGCACAGCUUCAUCUAUGGAACACUGCUGUCAGCUGGAGAAGGGUCAAAGGUCACCAGCCUGUACCAGCAGUGGACAACAGACGUUGGAAAGGAAACUGUAUUAGCACACAGGUACAAAGAGCUGAUAGAGAAGAAACAACAGGAGAUGGACGUGUACAAAGCCAUUAACGUCUUCAGAGAACACAUGAUGAACCAGAAGGCUCUGCACAAAGCUGUAGACUGUGCUGAAAAGGAUGAAGUUACAGCUGAGGAGAAGGUGGCCCCGCCUCCAUUUGGUCUGAGGAGUCCCCAGUCCUCCAGACCAGAGGACCAGGUCCUGUAAGACCAGACCAGAGGACCAGGUCCUGUAAGACCAGACCUCCAGACCAGAGGACCAGGUCCUGUAAGACCAGACCUCCAGACCAGAGGACCAGGUCCUGUAAGACCAGACCUCCAGACCAGAGGACCAGGUUCUGUAAGACCAGACCAGAGGACCAGGUCCUGUAAGACCAGACCUCCAGACCAGAGGACCAGGUCCUGUAAGACCAGACCUCCAGACCAGAGGACCAGGUCCUGUAAGACCAGACCUCCAGACCAGAGGACCAGGUUCUGUAAGACCAGA